AUGGCUCCUGCCACCGUAACAAUUGCUAAUGGGGCAACUUGGCAAGAUGUCGCGGCCGACCGGCAACGGUAUAGGGACACAACCAUCUCGGAAGUCCAUCCCCCGGUACCGGAAUUGAGUCUGGAAGAAAGGCCUCUGAAUACGACAGCAAUUCCGAAGAAGUUCUUGACGGAGGAAGAGAUUGAGGUAACGGGAACGGAUGUCGAGGAACUCGUCAAAAAGAUAGCUUCAGGAGAAUGGACCUCGACAGCAGUUGCAACCGCUUUUUUGCGUCGAGCCGGUCUCGCUCAGAAGCUUGCAAAUUGUAUCACAGAGUUGCUUCCAAAGAAAGCUUUAACAAGAGCAGCCGAACUCGAUCAAUAUCUAGCUACCUAUAAGAAACCGAUUGGUCCCUUACACGGUGUCCCUAUUAGUGUUAAAGAGCACAUGGGCUUCAAGGGCGAAGAUGCAAAUGCGGGCUUCGUCGGCUGGGUCGGGCAAGUGCCUGAAGAGGAUUCGUUAAUUUUGCAGUAUCUCUGGAAUUCCGGCGCAGUAUUUUACGCAAGGACUACGCAGCCGCAGACGUUGAUGCAUCUCGAGACGAGUAGUAAUUUGUACGGAGCUACCGUAAACCCCCACAACACUACUCUUACUGCCGGAGGGUCUUCGGGUGGAGAGGGCGCGCUGGUCGCGCUCCGCGGCUCGAUCCUCGGAAUUGGGAGUGACAUCGGCGGAUCUAUCAGAUCACCAGCGGCAAAUAAUGGCGUAUUUGGCUACAAGCCUACGUGCCUACGCCUGCCGAGCGAUGGGUGGGCUGUCGCUAUGCAUGGAGCAGAGUCUAUUCUCGGCACUACGGGCCCUCUAUCGACAAGCCUGGAGGGCCUAAGGCUCUUUUCCAAGGUGAUCGUGGAUCAGAAGCCUUGGUUGAGGCAGCCAAGUCUAACUGCGAUGGACUGGAAGAGCUCGGCUGAGUUUUUUCCGGAUAGAAAGCUCAGAGUAGGUGUUAUCUACAGUGAUAACGUCGUCAGACCGCAUCCACCUAUUCUAAGAGCUCUUACCGAGCUUGUCGCCAAACUAAAACAGAGUUCCAACAUAGAAGUCGUGGAUUGGAACCCAUGGAAACACGAUCUUGCGUGGUCUAUCAUAGCAAGUUUAUACUUCGCCGACGGCGGUGCGGAUGUCAAGGCCGCGAUCGCAUCGUCAGGAGAGCCGUGGCUUCCCCUAUCGAAGUUCAUCCUCCUCGAUAACCCUCAUGUCAAAGAGCAUACUAUCGCCUCCCUAUGGGAAGCCGUUUCGGCGCGCGAGGAGUACCGAACGAAGUAUGCGCAGCUGUGGAAUGAAACGGCAAGGUCGAGCCCAGAAGGGAGGCCCAUUGACGUGAUCCUGUGCCCGACGGGUUUCGGCGUCGCCCCCAAGCUCGAGACUAGUAGGUACUGGGGCUAUACCUCGCAAUGGAACCUGCUAGACUAUCCUGCCAUUGUAUUUCCCGUCGCGGACAGGGUUGACGCGCCGGAGAGGGAGAAGCCGUUUGAGUACCCCGAAGACUACAAGCCCAUCGGCGAGGAGGAUAAAUAUGUUUACGAUCUGUGGAGGCAGAACGGCGCCGAGGGUUACAAGGACGCGCCAAUUUCUCUCCAGCUCGUUGGGAGGAGAAACCACGACGAGCAGCUGUUCAAGGCCAUGCAGAUCUUGCUUGAGGAGGCAGGCUUGCCGGCUGCCGUGCCCGCGUAA